UUUCUCCUGUUUUCACUCGCAAUGGACAAGCUGUCUUCAUUGUCGAUUUUCAAGACUUCCUGCCCCUUCUUGGGUAGGACCAAAACUUCUACUCUUCGCUCUCUGUGUACUUCAACCUCUCCUCGUUACCCGUCCAUCUCUCUCUUGACUGAACGGGCAACGAAAUGCCCAGUGAUGGGUCCAGCGUUGAACACUCGUUCCAAGGAGAUUGCCGCUGGUUAUGCAAGUGUUGCUGCCAAUUCCGAUGUCGAGAAAAUCCAUCGUCAACAGGGCGUCAACGUUCCCGCUGGUGCUACCGUCGAGAUGUGCCCUCAUGCUUCGGCGGCUCGGGCAGCGGCUCGUAUGGCGGCAGACCUCACAACGGUUGCUCAAAAGAAGAAUGGUUCCAAGCGACCUGCCGAGGACCUUGCCAAAGUAGUUCCUGCAGCAGCAGCUACAAGUGGAUGUCCAUUCAGCAAAGGCGCUACUGUACCGGGCGUAAUCCCAAAACUUCCUGUAUUCCACCCUCCCGUGUCUACGAGCGCCAGUCUUCACAAUGGUUUCCAAUACGAACAAUUCUACACAAAUGAGUUGGAGAAGAAACACCAGGAUAAAUCCUACCGUUAUUUCAAUAACAUCAAUCGUCUCGCGGCCGAGUUUCCGGUAGCCCACACUGCCGACGUCCAGGAUGAGGUUCAGGUUUGGUGCUCAAAUGAUUAUUUGGGAAUGGGUAAUAAUCCUGUUGUCCUGGAAACUAUGCAUCGUACAUUGGAUCGUUACGGUCAUGGGGCGGGAGGUACCCGCAAUAUUGCUGGAAAUGGGGCCCUUCAUCUCGGUCUAGAACAAGAGCUAGCCCAUCUUCACCGGAAGGAAGCGGCUCUGGUCUUUUCUUCGUGUUACGUUGCCAAUGACGCUACUCUCUCCACCCUCGGUUCCAAACUUCCCGGUUGUAUUUUGUUCUCAGAUAAGAUGAAUCAUGCUUCCAUGAUUCAAGGAAUGCGGCACUCUGGAGCAAAGAAAGUUAUUUUUAAUCAUAACGACUUGGAGGAUUUGGAAAACAAACUCAAAUCGUACCCCAAGGAAACUCCGAAGAUCAUCGCUUUUGAGAGUGUUUAUUCGAUGUGCGGUAGUAUUGGACCCAUUAAGGAGAUUUGCGAUUUGGCUGAGGAAUACGGUGCUCUGACCUUCCUUGAUGAGGUACAUGCAGUUGGUUUAUACGGUCCUCACGGUGCUGGAGUAGCCGAACACCUUGAUUAUGACGCUCAGCUUGCUGCAGAGCAUAGUCCCCACCCCAUCAAGGGCUCGGUCAUGGACCGUAUCGAUAUCAUUACUGGUACACUCGGGAAAGCGUACGGUGCCAUCGGCGGUUACAUUGCUGGUUCGGAGAACUUUGUCGACAUGAUUCGAUCCUAUGCUCCUGGAUUCAUAUUUACGACUUCUCUUCCCCCGGCUACUGUCGCUGGUGCUCUUGCCUCGAUUGCCUACCAACGCAAAUACCUUGGCGAUAGGCAGCUGAAACAGAUAAAUGUUCGGCAAGCCAAGCAACGGUUUGUUGAAUUGGAUAUACCCGUCGUCCCCGGUCCCUCCCACAUCCUUCCGGUACUUGUCGGCGACGCUGCUCUGGCGAAGGCCGCCUCGGAUAAACUUCUUUCCGACCAUAAUAUUUACGUUCAGUCCAUCAAUUACCCUACAGUCGCCGUCGGAGAGGAACGCCUUAGGAUCACGGUCACCCCCCGUCACACCUCGGAACAGAUGGAUAAACUUGUCAAUGCCGUCGACCACGUUUUCACUGAACUCAGCAUCAACCGUUUGGUUGACUGGCAAGCUGUCGGUGGCCGUGCGGGCGUUGGCUUACCUGGUGCUGUGCCCACGGAACCCAUGUGGACCGAUGAACAGCUGGGUUUGACGAAUGGAACGAAUCCGGUCACUUUACGUGACGGAGAGAAGCCAACUGUGGAUCUUUUGGGCGUUCAGGAUGCCAGGAGCCGCUUUGAUUAUUUGUUGGGUCCGAUGAGUGGACCGGUGCAGGCCCAUAAAGUGACUGAUACCGCCUCCAUUAAGUCCAACGUUAGAUUCAAGAUAGGUAGUGCAAAGGUGAUGCCACAGGAGGAAAUGGCUAUUCUUCAGCCUGUGGCUGUCGUCGCGUAAUGGAAGUUAGAAGUUAGAUUGCUGCUUUUGUCACUUUAGUUAACUUCGGAAUUCCUUACCGGUAGCUGUCCCACAGCAAUGACAGGUGUUUCAAAGAUGGUUCGCAGACGCAGUAAAACUUUGGAGGUCAUUUAUAGCAACAAAGAAGCCUUAUACAUACUAUGCAAU